GGGCCCGGGGCGGGGGUCCAGGCAGGGGGCCGGUGCGUUUCCAGGGCUUUCCCGAAGAAAAUGCACGCAGCGUUUCCUCUGGAUGACGGCCUGUGCUUUCCCUAGNACCCGGCAGUUAGGCUCUGGAGUGUGUUACUGAUUCAUCCUCUCUCUACCUCUGUCAUCGCAGGUUUAAACUUAAACGAUCGCUCCCCGAGGAGGAGGGGACCCGCCGCGCGAUUGACAGUCUAUUCCUGCAGGCGCCGUCCCUCAGCCCCCACCCCACGGCCGGAUUCCCGGGGCUCUGCUCAGGGCUGAAACCGGAGAAGAAAUCCUUAGAUCUCUUUUCUUUACAACAAAUACGAACCUAGAAACCAUCGUUAUUUUGCCUUGGCGUUUCAUAUUGGAAAGAUGAAGAAGUUUUUCGACUCCAGGCGGGAGCAGGGGAGCUCUGGCCUGGGUUCAGGCUCCAGCGGAGGAGGGGGCAGCAGCUCAGGCCUGGGCAGUGGUUACAUCGGAAGGGUCUUCGGCAUCGGGAGGCAGCAGGUCACCGUGGACGAGGUGUUGGCGGAAGGUGGAUUCGCUCUUGUCUUUCUGGUGAGAACAAGCAAUGGGGUGAAAUGUGCCUUGAAACGUAUGUUUGUCAACAAUGAACAUGACCUCCAGGUGUGCAAGAGGGAGAUCCAGAUCAUGAGGGACCUAUCAGGGCACAAGAACAUUGUGGGCUACAUUGAUUCUAGUAUCAACAAUGUGAGCAGCGGCGACGUAUGGGAAGUUCUCAUUCUCAUGGACUUCUGCAGAGGAGGCCAGGUGGUAAACCUGAUGAACCAGCGUCUCCAGACAGGCUUUACAGAGAAUGAAGUGCUGCAGAUAUUCUGCGACACCUGUGAGGCUGUGGCCCGCCUGCAUCAGUGCAAAACUCCCAUUAUCCAUCGGGACCUGAAGGUUGAAAAUAUCCUCUUGCAUGACCGAGGCCACUAUGUCUUGUGUGACUUUGGAAGUGCCACCAACAAAUUCCAGAAUCCACAGGCCGAGGGAGUCAAUGCAGUAGAAGAUGAGAUUAAGAAAUACACAACGCUCUCCUAUCGAGCCCCAGAAAUGGUCAACUUGUACAGUGGCAAAAUCAUCACUACGAAGGCAGAUAUUUGGGCUCUUGGCUGUUUGUUGUAUAAAUUAUGCUACUUCACUUUGCCGUUUGGGGAGAGCCAGGUGGCCAUUUGUGACGGAAGCUUCACAAUUCCUGAUAACUCGCGUUAUUCUCAAGAUAUGCACUGCCUUAUUAGGUAUAUGUUGGAACCAGACCCUGACAAAAGGCCGGAUAUUUACCAGGUUUCAUACUUCUCAUUUAAACUACUCAAGAAAGAAUGCCCCGUUCCAAAUGUACAGAACUCUCCCAUUCCUGCAAAACUUCCUGAACCAGUGAAAGCCAGUGAAGCAGCUGUGAAAAAGACCCAGCCAAAGGCCAGACUGACCGAUCCCAUUCCCACCACAGAGACUUCAAUCGCACCCCGCCAGAGGCCUAAAGCUGGGCAGACUCAGCCAAACCCAGGCAUCCUUCCCAUCCAGCCAGCCCUGACUCCUCGGAAGAGGGCCACUGUUCAGCCCCUACCUCAGGCUGCAGGACCCAGCAAUCAGCCUGGACUUCUAGCCAGUGUUUCCCAACCGAAAGCCCAAGCCACACCCAGUCAACCUCUUCAGUCAUCUCAACCCAAGCAACCACAAGCUCCACCCACCCCACAGCAGACACCUGUUACCCAGACACAAGGUUUGCCCACCCAGGCCCAGGCCACUCCCCAGCACCAGCAGCAACACCUCCUCAAGCAACAGCAGCAACAGCCUCAGCAGCCUACAGCACCACCACAACCUGCAGGCACCUUUUACCAGCAGCAGCAGCAACAGCAGCAGCAGCAGGCUCAGACUCAGCAGUUUCAGGCAGUACAUCCAGCAGCCCAGCAACCAGUCACUGCUCAGUUCCCUGUGGGGUCCCAGGGAGGCGCUCAGCAACAGCUGAUGCAGAACUUCUACCACCAGCAGCAACAGCAGCAGCAGCAGCAGCAGCAACAGCUGAUGGCUCAGCAGGCUGCCCUGCAGCAGAAGACUGCUGUGGUAGUACCACAGUCUCAGGCACAGCCCACCACAGCCCCACAGGCAGCCGCUGCCCAAGAGCCUGGGCAGAUUCAAGCCCCAGCGAGACAACAACCAAAAGUUCAGACCACUCCACCUCCAACCAUCCAGGGACAGAAAGUUGGAUCUCUCACUCCUCCAUCAUCGCCCAAAACCCAACGUGCUGGGCACAGACGGAUUCUCAGUGAUGUAACCCACAGUGCAGUCUUUGGGGUUCCUGCCAGCAAAUCAACCCAGCUGCUCCAGGCAGCUGCAGCUGAGGCCAGUCUCAAUAAAUCUAAGUCUGCAACCACCACUCCCUCAGGCUCUCCACGGACUUCGCAGCAGAAUGUCUCUAAUGCUUCAGAAGGCUCCACAUGGAAUCCUUUUGAUGAUGACAACUUCUCCAAACUCACAGCUGAAGAGCUGCUAAACAAGGACUUCGCCAAGCUUGGGGAAGGAAAGCUGCCUGAGAAGCUUGGUGGCUCUGCAGAGAGUUUGAUCCCAGGCUUCCAGCCAACACAAGGGGAUGCCUUCACCACUCCUUCUUUUUCUGCUGGAACUGCUGAAAAAAGGAAGGGGGGGCAGGCUGUGGACUCUGGCAUCCCACUUCUAAGUGUGUCUGAUCCCUUCAUUCCUCUUCAAGUACCUGAUGCUCCAGAAAAACUAAUCGAGGGACUCAAAUCUCCUGACACUUCUCUUCUGCUCCCUGACCUCUUGCCUAUGACAGAUCCUUUUGGCAGCACUUCCGAUGCUGUGAUUGACAAAGCUGAUGUUGCUGUUGAGAGUCUCAUACCUGGACUGGAGCCACCUGUUGCUCAGCGCCUCCCAUCUCAAACGGAAUCUGUGACCUCGAACCGCACAGACUCUCUCACGGGGGAAGACUCUCUGCUUGACUGUUCUCUGCUUUCUAACCCUACUGCUGACCUUCUGGAGGAGUUUGCCCCCAUAGCACUCUCUGCUCCCACUCACAAAGCUGCAGAAGAUAGUAAUCUCAUCUCAGGUUUUGGUGUCGCUGAGGGCUCCGAAAAAGUGGCAGAAGAUGAGUUUGACCCUAUUCCUGUACUGAUAACCAAAAACACACAAGGUGGGCACUCUAGGAACAGCAGUGGGAGCUCUGAGUCCAGUCUUCCCAACCUAGCCAGGUCUUUGCUGCUGGUGGAUCAGCUCAUAGACCUGUAGCCGUGAGCCAGGAGCAGACACAGUUCUGUAACCUUCAUGCCGUAAUACACAUUUUCAUUACGGAGUUAUGAGAAAAAAAUGAUUUUUUUUAAAUCUGCAAAUAAGGGGNCCUCAAGCUCCUUUCUCCUACCCCUUGCCUUCUCCUAUAGAAAUGAUAAGGAAAGAAAAAUCUCUGACCCUCCAGAUCCAUUCCUUGGCCGGCUCCUCUUGUUAGUUUGCUGUGUUUCCUCAUUCCCCAUCUUCAAUAGCAUUAUCUUAACUCAAGCGCUAACUGCCCUGAGCUUCACCUCUGCUGGAACCCACUCACAGAAGCUUGACUGUCACUCAGCCUGUGAUGGACACUUUUUGUCUCAUUCUUGCUAGGAAUGGCCCCCAUGUCAGUCCUAUAGCCCGUCUCCCAGAUGCUGAUGAAUAUGUGUCCAUUCUUGCUUUUUAUCCUGAUGCAGUAUCAUGAGGACAUGGCAGCUAUGGCUGGUCUUACCUCCAGGCAGAAGUCUGGAGUCAGGUGUGCAGUUUAAACAGGGCAAAACCAAUAGGAUGUGUUUGUGAAGAGAAAAUGGGCUCAGCUCUAUCCAGCCAACUUUAAUCUUGUUUGAUAAUAGACUGAGCCAAGGGAUCUUGCACCCCAUGCAACCUUCUCGGCGUUUGUCUAGCUAUCUGGCUUCCAUUGAAUCGUGGUUUCUCAAAUCUGGAGGUGUGACUGCAAGCAUUUGAGAUCCUUGAAUAAAUGUGUAUGUGAUAUAAACACCAAGCAUUGCCAUCCUUCCAUGUUACCUGGCCCAAGCUGGGAUCUCAGAAUUAGACCAAAACAAGACAGUGGUGGGAACAUGCUACCUUUUACUAGAAGACUUUUCUUGGGGGGUGGAGGGGAAGGGAAGGAAUUGUAGCAGAAACAGAUGUAUUUUUCUUGUGAUUUUUUUAUUUUGAAUCAAAUAUUGUAAAUUGUGUAUAAAUGAAGAUGCUGAAUAGUUCUGUUUCCACUUGGCAUUUCAAGUCUGACAUCAGGUGCCUGUACAGGGUUUGAUCUCUUUCCCGUGUAUACNCAUAUAGCAGUCCUGGAGUGCUUAUUUUAAGUAGAGUUUAUGUCUUGCUCAAAGCUUUCAGCAGGCCUCUCUCUNUAUACCCAAGCAUGUUGUUUAUUUUCAGAUCAUCAGAAAUAAGUGUGCUGGGCACAGUUUGGCUGGCUGCUUACCUUUCGCUGGUGUUUAAGUUGAAGGCUGAAGCUGAUGGAAUAUGUGCGGUUGGCUUUCCUUGGCUUCCUAGAUAUCAAAGAUCAAACAAAGAAUAGUUCUUCACUAACCUUAGCCUGUUGUUCAUAGAGUUAAAUAAAGGCCCUGCACUUGCCCUACAAUGUGCCUCCUGGACACCCUCUGUGUACUUACAUCAAGGUGUGUGGAGAGCACUUUUGUAAAAAUCACCCUUUAGAAGAGGAGCAGGCACAGAGAGCUCCUUUCCUCGAGUGCCAUCCCCCAGGGUUGGAAGAGUUCAUCAGAACUGUACAAUCCCAAAUCCCAUGGCUUGUUCUCUACUACUAUGAUGCUGUUUUUUUUCUUGCUCAUAUUGCACUUUAAGUGGUGGGGAACCAGCAGCAGCGCGAUCCUGCAGACACUGCCCUCUGGAGGGCCACCGUUGUCUCCAGCAAUGUGACAGCAGGAAGAGGGGACACUCAGUCUUCUUUCUGACUUUAAUACUUCCUGUGCCAACUGAACCUAGAUGAGCUGAGGAAAGGCCUCUGCUAGAAGAGAUGGUUUCCACAAGUGAGCGAGAUGCGGUGUGCAGCGAGGAUGGAGAUGUCACGAAGAGCUCUCCACAUGUGGGCUGAGGGAAGCAGGACUUGGUUAACCCCUUGGUGGANAGGAAAUGGUUGUGUCCUCUUUCCUGGACAUAGAAAGAAUGUAUAAACUAAUGAAGGAAAUGUUUAUUUUUAAAUAAGGAUAAUGUUUUAGGUCUGUGUUUUCACAUUUGUUUUUUUCUCAUACAAAGGUUAGCAAUAUAAUGGAAUGUCUACUUUCCCAGUUUAAUUGCAGCUAUGAAGAGUGCAGUCUAGAAAUUAGGUUAAGUGUCUCUAAACCAUUCUUCCUUGUGUCAAGCAUAAUUAUAUUGAGAUAUAUUGUGUAGUCAUUUGGCUCAAUAAAGCUUAAUAGAGACACUAAUGAAAAUUCACAGACUAUGGCUAAGGAAGAUGGUUAAAGCCUGGGUGAGGCAGCAAGAGUCCUGGGNUGGUUCUUCAGGAAUAAGCCUUCGGCAGGCAGGGCUGUUUUUCUGUUGAGNAACACAUUCUAAGGACUUAGUCAGCGCAGCCUUCCUUAGAGCAGUAUCACCCUAAGCUGAGGGAGUGACCUGAGAAGAGCACAUGGUGUGUGGUAACUGGAGAUGCAUGGAACAAGACUGAACUGUAAGAGGCACUGCAUGCCUGUUNAGUAGCCCAUUUACUUUGUCUCACUGGUGUNUGCUGAGCUGGUGAAGGCAGGUUGGUGAGAGAGGGGGCCAGGGCAGCUCAGGCAGACCCUGGCUUGUGACCUUGAACAUUUUACUCCUCAGAGCUGCCAUUGGCUGUUUACACAGAAUUAAUGUGGAUAGGUGCUUUGUGAGACAGCAGAAGUGUAGCAUCAUUGUGCUGCUUUGUUGUGUUUAGAAGGACUAUGAAGGAUUGUACAAUCCAGAUGUCCUUCGGGUAGCUUCUAUGCUCUUGCCAUUCCUCCAGCUUUCUGCAGCAUUUACUCACAGGGUUAGAAUGAGCAGUUACUAACCUUAUUGCUACUUGCUGGUUGCCUGAUAAAAGCUCACAUCAUCAAAAGCUUGGAGAUAGAUUUUCCUCCUGUAAUAUUAAGUACACACAACCUUACCUAUUGCAGUUAAACAGAAUCCAGAGAUUUCUAUUAUUUCAAUCUGUAUAAUCAGGGAUUUGUUGUUAAAAUAUGGGCAAAUACUAUGUGCAUUUUUUUUAUCUUCUCUCUGAUGAGUGGAAGUAAUUACUGUACCAGAAAGUAUCACAAAUUGGUAUUUUCCCCCUAGAAAACCAAACUUAAUUUCUAAAGUUUCUAAAAACAUGGUCCUCAAAGAAGAUAUUUUUAAAUGAUCACCUCUAAGUAGUAGUAUUAUAAUUGUUACAGUGAUUUCUGACGUAGACAUCAGAAAUGCUUCAUGUGGUUGAAUGUUCCCUCCAGAAGCAUCUGGUUUUGCUUGGGAAGUGAGUGGUNACCCUAGGCAGGCCAGUGGCAUGUGAGUUGUUUAAACUCUUGAUCUUAGACAUAACAUCACCAGAUAUGAUAGCAAGGAUGUUGUUGCAUUUCCCCAGUAGCCUCGCUCNCAGCAUAUUCGAUCCUACCUGUUUUCCCCACACCUCUGCCUUUGAGUAAUAUUGAACUAUUCCAGAAAGCAAAACCACUGGGUGAGAUGAAGAACAGUUACUGCUGAAGACACAGAAAGCCACAGGCAAUUUCUAAAGAAGACUUCAUAACCAAGAGGGAUCUCACCAUCACAGUUUGCAGUCCCGUGGUCUUAGCGUAUUUAAAGAUAAUCCCUGAAAGAGGUUGUCACUUAACAUUUUGUGUUGGACUUGGCUCUUCCUGAUCAGAUGAGAAUUCUAGCACUUAGAUUAUUGAUAAUUGAAAAUUUGAUAUCUUUGUGGUUUGCAAUUCUCAUUCCCUAUGCUCCUCCUGAUAAGUGUUUCUUUUGGUUCAGACCAACAUAGCCUUCCCCCAGGUAAUCAGUUCUGUCUUCAGCAGUACUGUAGGAGUGAGGAGACCUUUGAGAUGGGGCUGGGGGUCCAUGCUCAGCUGAACAAAAGAAUGCUGUAGACCCCUUGGGCCAAGCUAAAGUCCCUUGUGACAAGGCUUCUCUGGCAGGCAUCUGACAGUCUCUACCUUCCUGCUCUGUAAGUUGAUCACAGUCUGUUGCCCCUGACAUGNAGAGUCAGGAAUGACAGCAUCGCCCAGAACACUUCAGCAAUUGAGGCUGCUGACAUAAGGGUUACAGUGAGGUUGUUGAGUGAGACACUUCAGAUACUGCAAGCUGAUUCAUAGCCCUCUCUAGAGACCAUUUUACCAGUGCAAAAUUAGACCUUUUCUUUCCGUGAUGAUAAUGGUUACCAAGUUGGAUGUACUUAGCUUUUGUGAACUGAAUGAGUCCCAGUUGGCCUCCAUUUCAAAGUCUUUAACAAAGGUAUCCUAUGUAGUUUCCCCUGGGUUUCCUUUCUCUAAAGAGGAAGGUUGAGGCCUGUUGGCUGCCUGGGUAAUGCUACCUUAUGCAGAGUUCCCAAAGGUUGGUAGGAGGGAAGUCCUUCGUUGCCUCUCACUAUGAUGCAGUGUCCUGAAUUCACUAUCUGUGGGUAUUCUCCUCUGCCCUGUUGUUCAUGCCUUUAUCACAUGGAUGGAUUCUUACCUUAGGUCUUUAACUUGUCUUCCCCAGGGAAGCUAAGCAAAGUGAUGUAAUGAAGCUAUCUUGUGCAGUAAAAUGUGAAAAAUGAAUACUGCUUCGCAAGUAUUGUAUAAAAUAAGUCUGUAAACAAAUUUCUUAUGUAAACAUACAGAGGAAUAAAGCUUUUAUCUGUUCAAAAA